GCCGAACACGGAUUUGCAUUGCCGAGGACGAGACCCCAGGACACCCAAGCAGAAUGGCAGAGAUGCAGGGACUGAUGGAAAGACUGGAGCGGGUGGUCGGCCGACUGGAGUUGCUGUCUGCAGAGUCACACCUGCCUCCUGGGGCCUGUGGAGAAAUUAACGGUGUCAACGGAGGUGUGGCACCCUCGGUGGAAGCGUUUGAUAAGUUGAUGAACAGCAUGGUGACUGAGUUUUUAAAGAAGAGUAGGAUCCUUGCUGGCGACGUGGAGACUCAUGCAGAAAUGGUGCAUAGCGCUUUCCAGGCCCAGCGGGCUUUCCUUCUGAUGGCCUCUCAGUAUCAACAACCCCAAGAGAAUGACGUGGCUGCACUUCUGAAACCAAUAUCGGAAAAGAUUCAGGAAAUCCAAACUUUCAGAGAGAGAAACCGAGGGAGUAAAAUGUUUAAUCAUCUCUCGGCCGUCAGCGAAAGCAUACCUGCCCUUGGGUGGAUCGCUGUGUCCCCCAAACCCGGUCCUUAUGUCAAGGAGAUGAAUGAUGCUGCCACCUUUUACACUAACAGGGUCUUAAAGGACUACAAACACAGUGAUUUACGCCAUGUGGACUGGGUGAAGUCAUAUUUGAACAUUUGGAGUGAGCUUCAAACAUACAUCAAGGAGCACCACACCACAGGCCUUACUUGGAGCAAAACAGGUCCAGUAGCAUCAACUGCAUCAGCAUUGUCUGUCCUCUCCCCGGGGCCUGGCCUUCCUCCACCCCCACCUCCUCCACCUCCUCCAGGGCCACCUCCACUUUUUGAGAAUGAAGGCAGAAAAGAGCAGUCCUCUCCUUCACGCUCAGCUUUAUUUGCCCAACUUAACCAAGGGGAAGCGAUUAUAAAAGGGCUCCGGCAUGUCACAGAUGACCAGAAGACAUACAAGAAUCCCAGCCUACGGGCUCAAGGAGGACAAACUCCAUCUCCAACCAAAAGCCACACUCUAGGCCCCAAGUCUCCCCAAUCUUAUCCUCCUCAGAAACAUGCUCCUGUGUUCGAGUUGGAAGGAAAGAAAUGGAGAGUAGAGUACCAAGAGGACAGGAGUGACCUUGUGAUUCCACAGACUGAACUGAGACAAGUGGCUUACAUCUUCAAUUGCAACAAGUCUACUUUACAGAUGAAAGGGAAAAUAAAUUCCAUUAUAAUUGACAACUGUAAGAAGUUUGGCCUUGUGUUUGACAAUGUGGUGGGCAUCGUGGAAGUGAUCAACUCCAAGGACAUUCACAUGCAAGUAAUGGGGAAAGUGCCAACAAUUUCCAUUAAUAAGACAGAAGGCUGCCACAUAUACCUCAGUGAAGAUGCACUAGACUGUGAGAUUGUGAGCGCCAAGUCAUCUGAGAUGAAUAUACUUAUCCCUCAGGAUGGUGAUUACAGAGAAUUUCCUGUUCCUGAGCAGUUCAAGACAACGUGGGAUGGAGCCAAGUUGGUCACUGAACCUGCAGAAAUUAUGGCCUAACCUCCGGGGAGACCGAAUCCCCUGACCCGAAUUCCCCCAUCAAAAGAAAAGAAAAGAAAAGAGAAGAGCAGCAUUAAAGACCUAGAAGUUGCAGUAGCACCUACUGCUUUAGUCUUGGCCUCCAACAAUUCUGUGCUCUAGGAACAGCAUCAUUUCUGGCACGCCUUCGUGGGCAUUUUGAAGUAUUUAAUGUUUCUUCAUGAUUUGCAUUUGUGUGUGAUUUGAGUUCCACAUGAUGACUUGUGAGCAUUACACGUUUAAAGGGGAAAAAAAAGAAUUCUGUUCUCUCAUAUCAUUAACACAGUAGCUGAUAGUAAAAAUAUUGCAUGGUUCACUUUUACACUUAUGUUUAAUUGCUAGUUGGAAAAUAAAACCUUCGAGAAUCUAAGAUGUACGUUUUGAACUUUUAGACAAUUUCGAUAUGAUGUAGUAGUGGUAUGCUCUGAAAAAUCUACCAUUUUUUUCUUAUUUUUACCAUAUGUUCACCUUUAUCAGCGUGGCUACACUGUCAGCAUGAAAAAUUUCAACCCAUGUUUUUACAAGACAUAAGAAAAUUCCAUACUAAGGACUGUAUCCAGUUUCUUGGUCCUUGGAAGACUUUAAUUUACAGUUAUUAAAAAUCAAAAGUAAAUUCUAUUGAUUUAUCUUAAAUAUUUUUCUGUCAUGUCACUUGGAAAACUUACUUUUCUGCAUAAAGAUUUUUAUGCCAGAAAUUAGUAGGGAGGAAGCAGAUAUAAUACCUCACGAUUUUGCUUUCAGAUCAAGCUCAAUUUUUGUUUCCCAGUUUUGAACCUGUUAAAUAUCAGAUGCCUUGUAAAUGAUGUCUUUACUGUUUUAUUAUAAAUUACUUUCUUCUUUUCCACUUGCCAGACUUGCUAACCAGUCUCAAAAAUGAACACGAAAAAGCCAUACAUGUAUUACUUCUUCCAAAACCUAAGGAAUUGUUUGUUGGUUUGGCUUGCUGCUCCUAUUUUGUAGUAUUGAUAGUACACAUUUUUUCAACCUAAGAGUAACUAUGAUAUUCCUUUGUAUCUUUUCAGUACGUAGAGCUGAAAAGUCAGCAACUUCUUGGAUCAUGUGUAAUGAAUUACAGCAUAGUGCUUGCAGACCCAAUACAAGCAUAUAUAUUGUGCCUAUUACAGCCUCUGGAAUACAUCAUUUCCGUUUUUUAAAUAUCUUCUAUAUCCAUAUAGUAUUCAGAUUACUAAUGCUCAUGUACCAAGGUUUUGCUAUAAAAGUUUUGUCCAUAGGAAUAAUGUUGUGGCUUUAGUAAAUAUCUUUUUUUCAACUGUAUACUUAUUCUGAAAUAAAGUAAAAUUCUAAUUGUUUAAA